AUGCGGAAGGUGCCGUGUAUGAUACGAAGCGGGCUUCUUCUCUGUACAGUCAUUGCCGUGGCCAUCACUAAUGAUUUUGGAAGCUUCGCUUGCCCAUGGAGGCAUCAGAGACGGAGCAUGCAUCGACAGUACCCCCGUGAUCGUGCAGAAGUGUUCAUUUUCAAUGCCGGGCAGGACACCGGAAUGCUGACAGCCGAGUCGAGGCGAGUGCAAGUUGCUCGACAAGCAGAGCCCCUUAUGCCGUGGAGGAUUCCAAACACGCAGCGCUUUCAGUGGCUCUCUGUGCGGGAGCUGCUUCUGCGAGAGAGAAUCCUUAUGGUGUCGGAGUACAUCGAUGACAACAUGGCCAAUGCGUAUCUGGCAAUGUUGCUCUACCUUCAGUCAGAAGAUGCCAAGAAACCAGUACAAAUUUACUUCUCCAGCCCCGGAGCGGCUUUGAAGCCAGCACUGGCCUUGUAUGAUACCAUCGGCCAACUGAAGGCGAAAGGCUGCAAAGUCACCACUGUCAGCUACUCGCUUUGUGCCGGAAUGGGUGCUUUUCUAGCAGCUGCUGGCUCGCCUGGGCGGCGCUUUGCAACGCCCAACUCGCUCUUUCUUCUUUCCAAAACAGGAUUGGAAAGUCCGGUUCGAGGUCAGGCUACCGAAAUUGAGUUGGAGGCAAAACAGAUGCUGCGAGAAAGUGAGCGUAUAGAGGAGGAGCUGUCCAGCAUUACUGGCAGACCUAUGGAGCAGAUCCGAAAGGACUUACGACGAAAUUUCUACCUCACCGCAGCAGAGGCAGUCGAGUAUGGUCUCAUAGACAAGGUGCUUGUGCCAGAGGACGAUAAGGGCUCAAAGCUAGACAAGGGCACUCGUGAUCCAUGGAGUGGCCAGGUCGUGAAGCCAGAGGUCGGGUUUGGUGUUUUCGCAGACCCAGAUCAGCCUCGAACAGCUGUUUGUCAACUGCGGACUGGAAGUGCCGGCUGGGCCCUGCGCUUUAAUGGCGUCGACGACUUUGCAACGAUCAUGGCGGAUCUGCCGCGGCGACCCUUGAAGGCCACUGGGCGAGGAGGUGGUUCGCUUCAACAGACGUCGGGUCCUCUUAAGCCGGCACUCAACCGUAUGCAGCCAGGUUUUGCUUUCAUUGGAAUUCCAGGGCUCAGAGAUUUGGCACAGAGUGCUCGUGCAAGAUGA